GCCGCUGCCACCUACCAGAAAAUGGUGGAAUACCCCGUCGGCGGGGGUGUCUUUGACGAUGGUGUCCUCGGCCAUGAUGUGCUGGCCCAGGCCAUGCCGGCCAAAGAUCGGGCCUACCUCAAGAGGCUCGGGGACGUCAAGGUGUACGAAGGCGGGAUGGACCUCAUCGUCCAAGGUGCCUUCAUGCUCAUGGAGAGCCACAAGAGGCAGCAACGAGAGAUUCCUCGUCUGAAGGAGCUUGAGCAAACGGCUGCCUCGGCCGAUGAGGCGGUGGCCUGCUUGGAUCGGCUCCGGGAGGAUGCCAAGGCUCUGCAAAAGAGGGCCGAUGAGGCAGCUGCAGCCAGGGACGAUGCCCUGGCCAAACUUGAGGAGAGCCAGAGGGCGCUUGAGGCUGAACGACGC